CAUAGACUAGUCUGGAUGCUUGUGGCUGAUCCUUGCUCCAGAGACAUCAGUGCUGAUCCACAGAGAGUUCCCCUGGAGGCUGCACGACUGCUCUGGCUUUCCACACAGGCUGAGGCUGCUCUGGAUGCUCAAUACCAAUGUUAGCUGUGGGGCAGAUGGAUACCAACAGACAGAGUGCAUUCGUGCUGAGCAGCACCCCCCUGGCUGCCCUGCACAACAUGGCUGAGAUGAAGACAACCUUGUUCCCUUACACCUUGCAGAACCCCUCGAAUUUCAAAGCCCCCAACUUGUCCUCCCUAAACGCACAGUUCCCCUUGGGGACGCCUCAUGGGAUUAGUGACAUUCUGGGCAGGCCCCUGGGCACCGCACUGGGGGCAUCCAGCAACCUGCUCUCCAACUUGCCUCGCAUUAAUGGACUUGCCACCUCCACUGGGAUGUAUUUUAACCCAGCAGCUAUGUCUAGAUACCCCAAACCACUGGCUGAACUGCCGGGGAGACCCCCUAUCUUCUGGCCAGGAGUUAUGCAGAGUUCUCCAUGGAGGGACCCCAGGCUGGCCUGUCCUGCACAAGCCGGCAUGAUGCUGGACAAGGACGGCAAGAAGAAGCACUCCAGACCCACCUUCUCAGGGCAGCAGAUUUUUGCACUAGAGAAAACGUUUGAACAAACCAAAUACCUGGCAGGGCCGGAGAGGGCAAGACUGGCAUACUCCUUGGGCAUGACCGAGUCUCAGGUCAAGGUUUGGUUCCAGAAUCGCAGGACAAAGUGGAGGAAAAGACACGCAGCAGAGAUGGCCUCAGCCAAGAAGAAGCAUGACUCUGAGACAGAGAAGAUGAAGGAGAGCUCAGACAAUGAGGACGAUGAUGAGUACAACAAACCUCUGGACCCCAAUUCAGACGAUGAGAAAAUCUCCAGGUUAUUGAAAAAGCACAAAAACACAAACUUAAAUUUGCUGAGUCCAUGCAGCAAUAACUCGGACACCUUGUGAUGCUCUCCCCCCAGAGACUGCACCUCUUCCUUCCUUCCUAUCCCCCAGGGUUUGCACC